CAGAAGUCUAUAACAUGAUCACUGGCAGACUAUCGUUUGUUUACACUUGUUGCAAUGGCGACCAUCACAGAACUGAAGUGUGCCGUGCGGGACACAUUAGAGUCCCGGGGUGUGCUGGGCCAGCUGAAGGCUCGUAUCCGGGCUGAGGUGUUCAGCGCCCUGGAUGACCAGCGUGAGCCUCGUCCCCCGCUGUCCCAUGAAAACCUGCUCAUCAACGAGCUCAUCCGGGAGUACCUGGAGUUCAACAAGUACAGAUACACUGCGUCAGUGCUGACAGCAGAGUCAGGCCAACCUGAAAUUCCCUUGGACAGACAGUUCCUGGCAAAUGAGUUAAAAGUCACUGAGGAUGCAAGUUCAAAGUCUGUACCUCUUCUCUACGGCUUGAUGUCCCACUUUGUGAACAGCAAUGACAAAGGUGGAAAAGUGUUUCUGCGGGGAGCCUCUCUGCCAGCUGCUGCUCCUGCAAGCAGCACAGUACCUGAUGCCUGAGGUUAAAACACUGAGACAGAGACGCUUUUACAUCCUAUUAGAUGACGUAAAAUGUUGCAGCAUCUUGUUGGAUUACACUGACCUUUUCCAGUUCUUGUAAAUAAAUAAAAAAAAUGUCCAUUGCUUUAUACUGUCAGUUGCCAAUGACCCUAGAUGACCUUUAAACCAUUCGUUUAAAUGUGAGUACUGGCUUCUACCAUUGGUUUAGCAUCAGUCGUGGUGGUAUUUCCCACAGUUAUCAACAUUCACUCAAUAAUUUAGGCAUGAAGUUGAGAUACCAUGACUUAAUGUUUGAUACUUUUAAAUGCUUUUUUUACUUGUUAAACAAUGAAUGUUUUAUAUUUAUAAACGACAUAGAUUCAAAUCAUG